GGCGGACAAGCGCCACACCACAGCGGGUCACGUCACGAUUUGCGACGCGGUGGCCGCGCGCGUUCUCAGGCCACGUCGAAAAUUCGCGUCUUCAGCAGCGAAAAACGCGGCGCCGUGACGCGCGAUAACAAAUAUGUGAGCGAGACGCGCUACUGGUCGUCGGAUCGCGCACUGCGAACCGAGUGUCGUGGGAGCACACGCACACACGUCUAUCCUCGCGCGGAAACGUCGCGUCGCUUCGUGACACGUACAUACACUUCCACUGGAGAUUUUUGACUCGCGUCUCUCUCUCUCUUUCUCUCUCGGGCUGGACAGACGCUGGAGAUAAGCGACCAGCAGAGGUGAAGGAAACGGGGCGAGGAUGUCGUUCGAGGGAAAGUACAACGCGAAGAGCCCGGCGGUGAAGAGACUAAUGAGGGAGGCACAGGAGCUGCAUGAGGCUACCGAGGAGUAUUAUGCGUCUCCCCUGGAGGACAACUUAUUCGAGUGGCAUUUUACAGUACAAGGACCACCAUCUACAGAUUUCGAGGGUGGUGUUUACCAUGGAAGGAUCUUAUUGCCACCCGAGUACCCUAUGAAGCCACCAAACAUCAUUCUAUUGACGCCAAACGGACGUUUCGAGACCAACAAGAAAAUAUGUCUGAGCAUCUCGGGUCAUCAUCCUGAAACGUGGCAACCGUCGUGGAGUAUCAGGACGGCGUUGCUGGCUCUGAUCGCUUUCAUGCCUACUCCGGGAAGCGGCACGAUCGGAGCAUUGGACUAUAGCACGGAGGAGCGACAGAAACUUGCUAAAAAGUCGUUGAAUUGGCAAUGUGACACGUGCGGAAAGGUCGUGGACUUAUUAUCUAAGAAUUCAGUAAAAAAGCCAAUCACGGAGGAGGAACAAACUAUGCUGAAAACGAUUGCCCUGAAAGCAGACGACUCACCCGUGUCAGAUGUAUUAUUUACGGAUAGUGCAGAGACUGUAUCCGAGAGCGAGCUGCGGCAUCGUAACGUGGAAACUGUCGCAACAGAAAGUGCCGAUCGUCAGCAACAACCCGAGAUUACUCAGAAUCGCGUAGAAACGAUGUCCUCCUCGAACGAUCUGUUCUGGAGUACACUCAUAGCCUGUUUAAUAGUCGCGAUCGUUCUGUUAAUUUUACGUCGAUUAUUUCUGGUUUAAUUAAUUAAUUUCGUUUUCUAACAAGCUGACUAAUGUACGUUACCGAAACACAAUAAAUUUUAUACAGACAUCGUUUCUAAAUUUACGAAAAGAGAUCGGAUUCAUCGUACGCAUUUCGAACUUUGCAGAUUUUCAUAACGGAAACAAUUCAUAACGAAAGUAUGUACGCAUUAAUAUGUGUUAGAAUGUUCCACCUUGUUCCUAUUAUAUAAGCUGCACUUUGUAACAAAGUUUUAUUUAUUAUAUUUCGGAUAUUUCGAUUUUAUGGCUGAAAGCGAUUUAUUUUUUACUUUAAAUUCCUGUUAACGUUAUUAAAUUCUACCUGUUAACAUUACGUACAUACUAGUCGAUUAUUUUCUUCUUUAAGCGGAUAGAAUAGUAAUUGAAAACUAAAUUGAUCGCGCACGUUUAAUUUGAGUAUAGCAAAUGAUAGAUAUAAUUGAAGAUGUUGAUAGAGUGUGUACAUUAGUUGUAAUCGAUAAUAAAGUUUAUUAAUUUCGAUAAGAAUUAUCUUCAAAUAUCUUUUUGUGCUGCCUAUAUAUAUAAAUAUGUAUAAACGUAAUAACUCGAUAAUGAUUGGUCAGUACAUUAUUUUGUCCUGUAAGUUACAUUGCGUAAUAGCCCAGUAUGAUCACAUUUUGUAAUAAACAUGUAAGCGCUAUACAGACAUGUACCUUUAUAGCUUUCGUACACUUUUCGUAUGUGUAUAGCCACUGUAAUAAAAUUCGAUGUGUAACAUAAUCCAUUAGAAGAGGAUUUAGAGCAGGAUAUUGUCUAAAUUCAUCUUUUAUAUGUGCACAGAAAUGUAAUAAAGUAACUAUUUAUUAAAGCAUAUAUAUAGAGAUUAAAAAGACUAAAAAUAUAUAUAUAUAUAGACUAAAAGUAACAUGUCUAUAUAUAUGUAUAUGUAGACAUAUUACUUUUUAACUUAUUAAGAUUCACGUGUAAUUAUUUAUAAUUCGUCGAUUCCACAUCGUCGCUUUCGUAUCUAUCGAA